AUGACAAUGCGCUAAACCUUUGUGCUGGUCCGCCAGUCUUGACUCUCUGUCUUGACACCCUACUUACAGCGGCGUAUGUCAUACAAAGUCGAAAGAAAGAUAUGAAGGAAAGCCGAUGGUUACUCCAUCAAGCCUGUUACUCCAUGAUCCGAGUCAUUUCAAGCACGUAGAACGAUGUCUCUCCUUUUUUUCUUUUAGCUUGAUCAUAAGGUUUCGCCAGCCCCCGUUUUGAUAUGGGCAAGAACGAGGUAAUAUACAACGCACAUAUAGCGCUACCUUUCCUUCGAUAUUCGAUGCACGCUACCUUUCAUGGAGACUUCCGGUGACACUGUCACGAUGAACAAAGACAAUGAUGUGCUCAAGAUGAUCGACUCCCGGAUGCGGUCAAAGGAAACCCAGUUUGCGCAACGCAGGCUUAACCAUAACCAGGGUCAGGAAAGAGCGCAUCGUCGCAAGCUGUUCCUUUGACUCUCGCUUUAGACAAGUUCCAUUGAUAACCAUGAAUCUUCCAAAGUGUCGAGAAAUAACAACCACCCGAACUGCGCGUCAUGGCUGAUGAGAAUCCGCAAGCGCAAGGUGCGGAAGGCGGAGGCAGUAAGGGUAGGAGGAGCAGUAUGUACGAUCCUGCACGGGACUCUUGGGAGGCUCAGCAAUCAUCGGCCGUACCAUCAACACAACCGCAACCUGCUCAAUCCGUUUCAGCUCUGGAUAAUCCACCGGCGCAAGAGUCUUUUCCUUCGGUUCUCGGUGAACCUUCCCCGACGACGCAGUCCGCGGUGCGAAACACAACGUCCGCUCAUCAAGAACAAAUUUCUCGCGAUCUACUCCCACUAUCAAUCGAAUCCGAGAACACAGGGCAGAAACCAUCGCGAUUGUCAGACGCAUACAUAUCACCUAGCAACUCCAUAAUGUCUAGCCCACAAGCAGCCAGUCCAGCCCCGGAGUCUACCGAGACUCACAAUGGAGCUCUUGCCUCUCCUACGGCUGUACAGGAGGAGCCAAGACCUGGGUAUUCCAAGCGCAGGCGUCUCCAAGAACGACAUCAACAACUACGAAAGCGUGGCAGAACACCCCCGUCAGCUUACGCUCGUCGCGACAUGAAUGAGACGGCGCAGCAGUCCAACCGUAAUGAAUCGUCAAACAGAUCUCCCUCACCCCUCGCUCCACCGCGUUCUCCAUCGCCCGAUGCACAGGCGCGCAAGCGCAAGCGCCCUGGCGGUGGUGCCCGGAAGGGAUUGGUUGAUCGCGAAACUCUGCGUCGGAAACAGGAAGAAAAAGAGCGCGCCGAGCAAGAGGAAGCCAUGCGAUUUUCUCAGAAUCGUGGGGUGACUGACAUUGUCCGUCACCACUACAAUGCUGUACCCCAGCGCGGAAGAGAGUGGCGAAAGACCGAGAGUAAGAUUAAAGGCCUACGAAGCUUCAACAACUGGAUCAAAAGCACUCUCAUUCAGAAGUUCUCACCCGAUGAGGAGUUCGUGUCUAGGUCCAUUGGCACCAAGGACUGGGCUGAUGACACCGCCCCGCCCUCCAUGGAACAUAAACGUCUGUUGGUUGUAGAUCUGGGGUGUGGCAAGGGGGGUGACUUGGGCAAGUGGCAACUAGCUCCUCAACCCGUGGACCUCUAUGUUGGGCUGGAUCCAGCCGAGAUUUCUAUCGUCCAAGCGCGCGAGCGUUACAACGGUAUGCGGACUGGGCGUGGGCCAAGGGGGCGACGUGGGCCUCUCUUCCAUGCCGAGUUCGCUCCUAAGGAUUGCUUUGGGGAGUAUCUGGGGGAUGUCCCUAUUGUUCAACAAGUAGGCAUUGACCCCAAUGCCGGGCCAGGUGGAUCGGUGAUGAGUUCACGCUGGGGCGGCGGUGGUUUCGAUGUGGUAGCAUCUAUGUUCACGAUUCAUUACGCAUUUGAAAGCGAGGAGAAAGCAAGACAGAUGCUGCGCAAUGUAGCUGGGUGUCUUAAGAAGGGCGGCCGAUUCCUGGGAGUUUGCCCCAAUUCGGACGUCAUCAGUGCACGAGUAGCGGAGAUGAAUGCGAAGCGCAAGGAGCGCGAGACUGCAGCAAAGAAAGAGGAGGAGGAGGCAGAGCCUGAGGAUGGAGAGGUUGAAGAGGACGAUAAUAAGAUUGAAUGGGGCAAUUCAAUCUACAGAGUUCGAUUCUCGGGUGAUACUCCUGAAGAUGGAAUCUUCCGGCCUCCUUUCGGAUGGAAAUACAGCUAUUUCAUGGAAGAGGCCGUGGAAGAAAUCCCGGAGUAUGUUGUGCCUUGGGAAGCUUUUCGAGCAUUAACGGAGGAUUACAACCUCGAGCUCCAGUAUCGGAAACCAUUCUUGGAGGUCUGGGAAGACGAGAAAGACGAUCAAGAGCUGGGUCCCUUGAGUGAACGCAUGGGCGUUAGGGAUCGAAACACCGGCGCCCUACUCAUGACCGAAGAAGAGAAGGAGGCAGCCAGUUUCUAUCACGCAUUCUGCUUUUACAAAGUCUAGUUUUCCUAGAUGUGUAUACACUUCGACCGUCUAUCAACCCAAUUUCUCUCCAAGCUCUUUGGCGCAUAUGGUACAUGUCACUCAAUCACUAGCUCACAUUGCUAUGUACCAUUAGACUCCACAAUAAGCCCAAACCGAGGCGAUGACAUAUAUAAUAAAUAAAUUCAAUGAUACGAUACCCACCGUCAAGUAACCACCCGUAGACCCGGGCAACCUCUACCUUAUCCCCCAAGCCAGACACCUCCAGGCUCAGCUAAGUAGUAGAAAGAUGUAUAACCU